AUGGUGACGGGGCGGCGGCCCGUGGACAUGGCGGCGCGGCUCGGCGCGCGGGACGUCACCGCAUGGGCCGUGCGGCUGCGGCGCGAGGGGAGGGGCCACGAGGCCGUCGACGCCGCUGUGUCUUCUUCGGGGAAGCACCGGGACGAGGCGGAGAGGGUGCUGGAGCUGGCGUGCGCCUGCGUCGCCGAGGCCCCCAAGGCGCGGCCCACGGCGCAGCAGCUCCUCGAGCGGCUCGACGCCAUCGCCGGCACCGCCGCCGACCCGGAGACGACUUCCUCCGACGAGCAGCACGGUAGAUAA